UGCUGAAUAUCACAGUUACGCUGACCAUCACUAAGAACUUAUCCAUUUUUGAAAAGUUGUGUUACUGCGGCAAGAAAAAUUUUCACACAAAACUUUUGAUUUAAGGAAACGCUCGCUGGAUGCCUGUCAAAAGUGAAUCCGUUAUACACGCAAUAACAGUAAAGCACACCUACAUUUAUUAGGCUCUCAGCGUGGAUUGCAUGAUCAAAUCCAAGAACUUGGUCAUUCGCAGUGAACUCGUCAGAGAAUUGAGACUGAUAUUUGGAAUCUUCGCCAUUGAAGAAAAUAGUUUAGUAUAUAUUUGUGAAUUGAUUUGUGAUUGUGUCUUUUCAAUACGCAGAUUAUAUUGACUAUCAUCAUGAUCAAAUUGUGGAUUAUUGUCUUGACUGCAACUGCAAUAAAUGGAGUAUCUCGAGUUCAAGUCAAACGUCAAUUCGUUGAUCCAUUUCUGGAAAGUGAUUCUGUUCUCGUCGACAGUUAUAACGAUUCUAUUCUCGUUCGCGAUCCAUUAAGUGAUUGGUUUGCUGGAAUUUUUACUACAACGACUAGAAAACCACCAAUGGGUGAAAUUCCGAAGGAUUGUAAACCUUGUCAAUGUGGGGUGCCGAAUGAUCACACACGAAUUGUUGGUGGAAUGGAGACGAAGGAGAGAUACUUGCCUUGGAUGGGACUUCUCACAUACAAUUACAGAUUCUAUUGUGGAUGCACUCUGAUCACUGAUCGUUAUGCUUUGACUGCAGCUCAUUGUGUAAAAGGAUUUCAGCCUCGGUAUAUCAGGGUUCAUUUACUAGAACAUGAUGUCAAACACUUGAGGAAUGAUACCAUUAGAGGGGUGGUUGGAUUUAUAAUUCAUAAUCAAUACGAUCCUAAUUCUUACAAUUGUGAUAUUGCUCUCAUUAAGUUGGAUAAACCUCUCGAGUUUAGAGAUCCAUUGAGGCCUGUGUGUCUUCCGGACUUCAAAAAGAGUUUUAUGGGGAUGGAUGGAAUUGUAACGGGUUGGGGAGCUACUCGGGAAAAUGGUCCGCUUGCGGAGAAGUUGCAGGAAGUAAAAGUUCCUAUCCUAUCUAAUGCACAGUGCAAAGAGAGUAAAUAUGGACCUAAUAGGAUCACUGAGAAUAUGAUGUGUGCUGGAUACAAGGAAGGUGGAAAAGAUUCUUGCCAGGGUGAUUCUGGAGGACCAAUGCAUGUACUUACAGCUUUUGGUGUUUAUCAACAAGUUGGAAUUGUUUCUUGGGGACAGGGAUGUGCUCGUCCUGACUAUCCAGGUGUGUACACACGUGUUAAUCGUUUCCGAUCGUGGAUUGUGAGAAACACAGCAGACUCUUGCCGUUGCGAAAACGAUUAAGAACAUAUUGUGAAUUUGUGGAAUUGAGAAACAAUAAAAUUGUGAAAAUACAAA